CUUUAGCAUGUCUGUGUUUGUCUCUCUAACCUGUGUCUCUGGGCUCUCUCAGCUGCCGCCAUGCCACCAUCUCCAAGUUCUUUGGGGACCAGAAGCCAGACUGUGCUGGAGCCUGUGACUACUGUCGUGACCCCAAGGCUGUGCGGGCCCAGCUGGAGAAGGGGGCCACUUUGUGCACCAAGACCGGGGCGGCUCAGAGCAAACAGCCCAGGGGCCCGUUUGGGUUUGACCGCGACCUCUACGCUGGGGGGAGGAAGGGCUACGGCUUUGAGAGGCAUGAUGAGGAGGGCUGGGAGAGCGGUGGUGAUGAUGAUGAUGGCUCCGAGCAUAGGAGGAAGGAGUUUGGAAAUCUCUUCAAGAAACAAAUGAACCUGCGCAAGGUGUCUGAGGGACACAAAGAUUCAUUUAUCCCCCCAGAUGAUGACUGCCCACUCAGAGAGGCCAGCAGCCAGAAGAUCCCCAGGCUCACCGUCAAGGCCCGGGAGCACUGUGUGGCCCUGCUACAGGAGGCUCUGAACAACCACCAGGUGGCAGCAGCAGACACACACAGCUCUGACACACUCUCCUUGGCGGUGGAUAUUGAACAUGAGGUCUUCAAGAUCACCAAGUCUUCUAACCUGUACAAAGCAGCUGUCCUGAAGAGGGUAUCAGAGAUGAAGAAGGGAGUGGCUGCCUCUGCAGGAAGAGGAGGAGGAGAAGGGACCAGCUGCUCUGGGGAAUCCACAGAGAUAAAGACUGAAUCCAAAGACGAAGCAGCCUCCUCCUCUUCCUCCUCCUUGACUGAGGAGCAGCAGGGCUUCACGCCUGCCUCACAGAUCUACUCACUAAAGCGGAAGAGAAUAGGAGCAGGUCUGAGGGGCUCCUCCAACCCCUUCCAAACUGCCAGUGAGCUGCUGAGGGCUUCUAACUGUGAGGGCUCCACUACAGGGCCAGGUCCAGUGGCCAACAGGGGGACAGGGAGCGGGGGUCCUGAGAGCCUGGCUGGGUCUGGAGAGUCAGCCAGUGAGGAGGAGAGGGGGAAGAGGAAGGAGACAAAGACUGGAGAUACAGCACCAACCAUCAGCUCCUCCAUCAGAGCUAAAGCCAGUGCAGUCUCUGUCUCCCUGAACAGUCCCACCAAGACAGGAGGCAAGGCCCUGAGCAAGAAGCAGCAGAAGCUAGUGGAGGCUGCUAAGAACUCCUGCAACAUUACCCAGUACUUUGGGAAGAAACAGAUUGAAAAGAGUCAAGAGGUGGAGAUGGGAACAAAUGAUGUGUCAUCACAGGCCUUUUCAAUACCACUCCCCACUAAGGAAAUCACACCUGCUACUGUCUCCAUGGACACCAUCCCUAUGGACAUUAGUCCCAUAGAAGUCAUCCCCACGGAAACCAUCCCUAUGGACACCAUCCCCAUGGAAACUAUCCCUAUGGAUACCAUCCCCACAGAAAUCAACAGCUUGGAUAAUACUGAGGUUAAAGAGGGAGCGAAACUGGACUUGGACUCUAUCACAGUGCAAAACGCACAUGAAAACAAGACUAAAUCGUUGCUAAAACAAAGGCUAUGUGAAGAGAGGGAGGCCCUCCCCUCAGCCAAGCGCAGCGGCCCCCUACAGGACAGCAGGAAAAAGGUGACCUUUAACCCCAACAUCCAGGAGACUGUACUGGAGCCAGGGAGCCCCAGCAAAGCCCCCAAGCCUGUGUCUCUGAAGGAGGUGGCUGACAUCGUGGUGCGCUGUCUAGACCCCUUCUAUACGCAGGGCAAGUUUACCACCAAGGAGCUGUUCAAGUCAUUUGCCCGCUACUUGUCUCAUCUACUAGCAGAGGGGAGGAGUAGGGGAAGAGGUCAAGUGAAAAUGCAGGCCAAGACUCUGAUAAAGAAGUUCUUCAGCGGUGUGAAGCGCUGUGAGAGUGAAGCAGACUGGAAGCACCUGAAGGGACCACACAGCACUGAGACCUCUGAACACAGAUGGAUGGGAGGAGGAGGGACUACGAAUGGAAAGGUGGAGGAGGAUAACAACCUGGGGGUCUGACCCCUUCAUCCACUCUCUCUCUCUCCAACUGAUUCCCUCCUCCCUCACAUCUCUCCCAGGCCAAGACACUCAGUUGUUACAGGGAUGAAAUGCUGCUAUGCUGUGUCAACUCCAGGCUCAUGCUGCCUUGGCGUGGAGAGCCACUGUAAUGGCGCUAUUAAACAUGUACUGUAUACAGCAUGUCUGCUGGUGCUGCUGGGGAACAAUUAGUCAUCCCUGCUCAAAGCUGAUACCAGGCCAAACCCUGCUGCUACCUGGUCUGUCAUUCUGCCUGACUGUAGAGGACAGCCAACUGGAUGUGUAACAACCACAGACUCUAUCUUUGAUUGAUUUUAGAGCUGUAAUUGAACGUAUUCUUGGUUGUUAGUUAUUAGUUGUUUUCAUGAGAUUCUCAAUGAGAGCUUUUAUUUAAGCUGAGGAAUACAAAAAAAUAUUCUUUAUUUUUUCUCGUCCUUAUGGUUAUCUUGUCUAAAAGAGCAGAGCUGGCCAUGUCUUCCUGUUCUGGUUGGUGACUGGGUGGGUGCCUUUUCAAACAGUCAGCCAUUUCAAACAUGAUGGAAUCCAAAGAGCACUUGAUGCACCAAUGGGAAAAACACUCAGCCAUCACUCAAAUAUAUCCAAAAGCACCCUGCCAUCACACACUGUUGCUCGUUGUGAGACCUGUUUACAAU